AUGCUCAUCAUUGGUGGCGUCGUAGUGCUGCUCAUUCUCGGCGCCGCUGGUGUGUUCGUGGUCCUGUCGGGAAAAAGCAGCGGUGGAACUACCACCUCGGAAGCUGCUGAUAAAGGCCCUGGUGGAAAUAACGGCGGUGGCUCCACCACCGCCAGCCAGAAUGCCAGCUCGACUGAUCCGGGCUACCAUGGUGUCCGCCUGGGCCCCUUCGAAAAUGUUUUCCACGGCGUGUUCGGAUACGUUUACGUUGCGAACGAGGACACGUUCCGCAUAAGGCAGUUCAGCUACGAUGGACAGGGUCCACAGACCUUCUUCUACGUCUCGAAUGAUAAGAUUGAUGAAAAUGGCGUUCGGCUUAAAGACGAGAAUGGCAACACCGAAGAACUAAAAGCAUACAACAAUGCAGAUAUCAUGAUCAAACUAGAAGACGGGAAAAAGGUUUCAGAGUUCAAGUACUUCUACAUUUACUGCGUUCAGGCCACAACGAGCUUCGGACAUGUGGAAAUACCAGCGAAUGUCGAGAUUCCCAAGGCAAUGGACCUGGACAUAAAUAAUCUGCAAUCUCCUGAUCACAUGGUCGAUGCGAUCGCGGUCACGCUUGUAGACACAAUCACAGUGAAAAUUAAAGGAGCCCACGUGGACGAAAAGUUUACCGAUUACGUCAUCAGGGCUGGCAAGUCUGACCAUCCCGUAGACGAUCAGGAUGCCAUUGACAUUAGUCCUUCCAUGAUUCCGCCGGGUGCAAAGACUGCCACACUCACCCUGACCGACGACGAUCUUGCUUGGCCCGAUCUGAAGUGGAUCGCGUUCUUCGAUGCCAAAACCAAAAAGGUCGAGGCCACAAUCAUGCUCCCCAAUCCUGAAUACAUGGUGAUUCCCGUCCACCCCACCAAGAAAGGCAAAUCUCGUCGCCAUCGCUCUAAGGGGCGCCGCACCGCUGGAAUGUCGGCUGUAAAGGUUGCCCCAAGCAAGCCUAAACUUCUCGUGUGCUCCUACGGAGAAUCUGGAGUGGUGAGAAGUAUGGUGCCCUCUGACGGCCUGUGCGAUGUCAUCUUCUACACUGACGUCACAUACGACAACGACGCGGAGGCCAUCGUUUCUCGGGACGGGGGCCCGGCCUUCGACGUGCUCAAGUCUGUCCGCCAAGCAGUACACGAGGACGUCGUUCGUGCGAUUGCGCGCACUGUCAGGAACAAGAAAUCCGAGCUGAUGGCUGCAAUGCAAGAUCUUUUCGCCUCCAAGUUAACUCACUUUGGCAUGCUGAACGUUGAGAACAUUGAGGACUACGACAAACUGAAGGACGCCGACUUGCAGUACAUCAAGGUAGCCGACGAGUUCCUACAGAAAAAGCCAUCGAGUCUAACGCGCCACAGGGCUCUGGGAUUUUCGCUCCGGGAUGGUUCUAAGGGACCAAAGAUCCUUGACGCCGCUAAACAGGUUUCCAGUGACUUUCCCGAGCUGACCAUGGUCAUCAUCAAGCUGCAUACCGAGAACUACGGACCCGAGGGCGACCACUGGCCACUGGCCCCGAACCCUGACGAUGUGGACCUUUCCGAGCACAAUGCCCUGUCCUUGGCUGCCAUCAAGGAGGACCUUGAGGAGCCGCUGAAGGAGAUCUCGAAGCAGGGCAAGUACGUGAUGCUCUCCUUCGCCAUGUUCGCGAGGACGUACCGCAUGAAGAAGACGUGGAGUGGCGCGGCGGCACGCGAGAUGUCCGAGAGCAGCCUCAACAUGGACUACUCGUCGGUGUGCAAAAUGAAAACCGAAAAGGACAGCGAAGAUACUGGCACCCUGUACGCCACGGAUGAACACAAGAAGUUCCUGGCCCUCUUCGACUCUGAAAACACCUUCAGGACGAAGACGAACAACCGCCUGAGUGUGAUGCCCCGGAAGUUCACCGGACUGGCAGUGUACAACGUCGAAAUGGAUGACCACAAAGGCGCCUGCGGCAAAGGGAAGUUCGUCCGGCUGAAGGCCAUCAAGGCGGCGCUUGCCGCGUGACGCACCGAGCCGAGCAGCCAAUGGGCGCUCGUGCUUCACACGGUGCGCCACCUGUCGCAGUCCCGUGGCAAAGACGGAGCCACCUGGACGUUCAAGCGAUUGCGCCAGGAUUUGGCGUAGCGACGGUCU